CACCGUGCGCUGCCCUUAUGGCAUAUACAUUGAUUUUGCUGCACCGCCGCUGAUUAUUCCCUUGCUCCGACUCUUCUUGACUGGCCUUUGUGUGCACAUACGCUGCUGGGGACCCCGCCGCUUAUCGCCAAGUCACAGACGAUGUUGUGCUGUUAAGUCUAGGAGCACCACUCGGCACAAAGUGGGCGUGACUGCGGUUGACAAGGACGCAGCGCAGCGAUGAAGUUCGCGAAGCGCCUGGCGAGCGAAGCCGCUCGGCGAAAUGCUUUUGCGGACGCGUACUUCGAUUACCGUGCUGCGAAGAAGGCGAUUAAGGAGGACUGCACCAACGGAGAUGUUGCGGGUUCAAAUUUCCAAAAGCUGCUGCAGUCAGAGUUGCGCAAGGUAUCCCAUUUCUACUCGCAGAAGGCGGACCACGUGGAGGCAACGCUCGCAACUCUGCGGAGCAACAAUGGCACCAGCACUGUGGCACAGCUGACGGGCCUGCGGGCGGAGAUAAAAGAGCUCAUCAAGUAUGUGGCGCUGAACUACCUGGCGGUCGUCAAGGCGAUUAAGAAGCGCAACCGCCACCUGAAGGAGGCGUUCGGCGCCUCUGCCAGCAUCUCGCUGCAGGCGUUGGACAUGCUGGGCCACGAGGUGUUCUUCACCUCGCCGCGCCUGGCCAGCCUGGCGACGCAGGCGGACGUGUUGGUGAGCGGCCUGGCCAGCACCAGCCAGCCGGCGGCGGUGCUGGAGGAGUACCAAUGCCCCAUCUGCCUGGACACUUUGCAUAACCCCGUGGUCCUGACGUGCGCGCACCGCUUCUGCUGGGGCUGCCUGGUGGCGCACGUCACUGCCGUGCGCGACCAGCAGUCGCCACUGGCGGCGCAGCAGCAGCAACAGAUUAAAGACGAGACGUUAAGCAGCUCACUACAGCUGCUAGAGCGGAUUGCGGCGGCGGCGGAGGACAGCGAAAGCAGCACGGCGGCGCCGCGCUUCUACGGCUGCCCUGUGUGCCGCAAGCCGCAACUCCUGGACGUGGACUCGCUCAGCGUGGACCCCUUCCUGUCCACCUUUAUAGAGAGCCUUAAAGUGCUCUCCGUGAACGGCGGCGUGGCGGACGCCGCCAUCGCGCUGGCGGCCAGCGCCGCCAGCGCCACCACUACCGUCACGUUGAGCCCGGUCGAGGCCGCAACGGCCGCCACCGCAAACGCCGUGGCGGCGCUGCAGCUGCAGCUCAUGUCCGCGACGCCGCAGCAGCAGCCCCCCAUCGCGCCCGCGCAUUGCUCGUCGUCCUGUUCGGCCCACUGCCAGCACCAGCAGAUUGCCACCGCGGAGCAGGCGUGCGUGCUGACGCCGCCCACGCUGUCACGGGCGCCCUCGCCGCCGGCGCAGCCACGGCCAACCUGGGGCAUCAUCCCGCAGCAGCGGCCCGAGCACGCGGGCAAGCUGUGUGUGCUGCUCGACCUGGACGGCACGCUCGUGUCGUCCUACACGCCGCGCCGCGCGCCGCGCCUGCCGUCGUACGUGCGCACGCAUGUGGUGGGCAUGGGCAGCAAGCUCAACCCCGCGGGUGUGUUUGUGGUGGAGCGGCCCGGCCUGACUGAGUUCCUGGAGGAGCUGGCGACCUUUGCCGAGGUCAUCAUCUUCACGGCAGGCCUGGAGGACUACGCCAAGCCCAUCAUCGACGCCAUCGACCCAUCCAACCGGCUGUUCGCGCACCGCAUCUACCGCGAGGGCACGCUGCGCACCGACUACUACCAGUGCGUGAAGGACAUGGCGCGCCUGAACCGCGACCUGCGCCGCACCGUGCUGGUGGACGACACGCCGCUGGCGUUCCUGCACCAGCCCGACAACGGCGUGCCGGUGCUGGGCUUCCGCGGCGACCCCGACGACCGGCUGCUGCUGGAGGCCGUGCUGCCGCUGAUGCAAGUGCUGGCCAAGGAGGGAGACGUGCGGCACACGCUGCAGCGGCGCUUCGACAUGACCACCUGGUUCCGCCGCAACAACUUCCCCAUCACCGACAUCAUGACCGCCGCGCGCGAGGCCGCGCGCCGCGAGCAGGCGCUGCACCUCGGCGCGCUGCUGCGCGGCCCCAGCAGCGGCUGCCCCACGCCGCCGGACCGAACCGCCAGCGGCAACUUCAACCGCACCAGCAGCGAGUCUUACGCCGCCGAGGGCGGCCUGUCGCCCGACACGGCGGCCAUGGCGCAAUCUGUGCCGCCGCGACCGGCGUACACCUUCACCACGCCACGCGCCGCGUCGCCGUCCAAGCGCUUCGUCGUCCUGACCGACUUUGACAAGACGCUGACGGACUGCGACGCCGGCGAGGCGGUGGUGGAGCAACUGGCGCCCGAGCUGCUGCCCAUGCUCAUUGGCCUGGACCCGCGCCAGAGCUAUGUUCCCAUCACCAACACCAUCCUGUCCGAAAUCCAGCGCCGCGGCGUCAGCCGCGAUCAGCUGCUCACCACGCUGCAGCAGCUGGGCGCCGAGAUUCCUCUGGCCACCACCGAGAUGCUGCGCAUGAUGCACGGCGCCGGCAUCGACGUGCGCAUCCUUUCGGACGCCAACUCGGUGUUCAUCAACCACAUGCUGGCGGGCGCCAAGGCCUCCGGAUACGUGAGCGACGUGGUCACCAACCCCGCCGGCUUCGAGCGUGUGGACCAGGGCAGCUCGGCGGAGGCCGCCAGCUCGUCGGCUGCGCUGCAGCGGCUGGCGGGGCACCGGCUGGUGGUGGCGCCGCACUUCCGCGGCAGCGAGCCGGGCGUAGUGCUGCCCGCCUGCGGCGCGGGCGCCUGCGGCGCCGCCUGCGAGAGCGACCACUCGCACUGCGGGCACGGCUGCGCGCGCUGCCCCGGCAACCUGUGCAAGGGCCUAGAGGUGCAGCGGCUGCAGCACUCGAACCGCUACGCGCACAUCAUCUACUGCGGCGACGGCGCCAAUGAUGUGUGCGCGGCGCUGGCGCUGGGCGCCAAUGACGUGCUGCUGGCGCGCGCCGGGCACCCGCUGGCGGCGUACGUGGCGGAGGCGCAGAGCAACCCGGCGCUGCCGCAGGUGUCGGCGCAGGUCGCGUUCUGGUCCACACACGAGGAGCUGCUGGCGUGCGUGCGGCAGAUCGUGGACGUGUAGCUUUGUUUGGCAUCCUCUGUCCUGCGAGCGCAUCGGGAUUGGGAGCCGGCCGGCACUGAUGCUUGGAGCUACAGGUUGGGGUAGCGUGUAGGAGCAGGGCGGCUCGAAGACAUGAAAUUGCUGGGGUGUGCUUUCCCUCUGGUUGGCUGUGUGGCGAUCGUACAGACUUGCUGCUGAGUGGGCGGAGAUGAAGCAACGUGAGCCAUUACGUGGGAGAGAGGGGGGUCGAGGGCUGCAGGGCUGGGUGUCGCAAGGGACAGGUCCUUAGCACGCCGCGAAUGUGCAGCGGCUGUGGCGUUGUGUAGUGUAGCGUAUGGUGACUCCUAUCUUUAUUAUCAAGGCAAGUGUGACAAAGACGAGGACGAGAAAGCAGGCGGGGGCAAGGGUUCCCAUGGCAGCAUCAUGGGGCGACCGGUGGAGUACGGCUGGCCUGCAGAUUUCAUUUCCCUACGCUUCUGUCGAAUAGUGCGGCUGGUAGGGUAUAUCUUGAGCCGGGGCGUAAUGGCGCUUGGUGCUGUCAUCUUGGCACACGGAAGCGCAACGCCGUUCGGCGUGUGGCAUGUAUUGUGUGUGCCGCGGGCUCGCAGCCAUGGAGCACGACUGUACAACAGUGUAUUUGCUAGAAGAGAGGUAUGGACGGGAUGUGUUGUUUCUCUCCGUGUACGAGUUGGGCUUCUAGGUACGCACGCUUAUCGCCAGACAUCCUAAAAUGGCGGUCUAGGCCGAGGUGUUCAGCUCCUUGUGUUGCUCAUGUGAUGGUUGUGGGUGCAUUCGCAUCUGUCGGUAACUCGUUCAGUAGUGGUGUGUCAACGGUACGGUUGGGAGCUGUGUGUCUUGUGCCGCAUGUACUUACUUCAGUAGCAUCGGUGUCGCGUCGUGAUGCUGACCCUGCGCCGGAAAGUCUGGAGGUACAUGAGAAAGUGCGCGCUGCAUUUCUUGUCGUGACGUCGACAGCUGGGGCUUGGUGUUGCGUGGCGCGCAACAUUUUCCCGCGUUGCUGCGCGGGAGCAGGGCCAGCCUUAUAUCGGCAUCCGGGCACACGGCGGAGUGCACAAUAAAAGAUUCAUUAGUCCCUUCACUGAAUGAUGCUCAAGCCCGAGCUGUGUAACGGAACAUUGUA